CUCACCGCCGGCCAUUUUCUUCUUCUUUCUCCUUCUCUCACGCCCACUCCCUCUCCCUGUUACGACUAACUCAACCUUACCGCGAACCGGCACCGGCGCACACCCGUUCAUUCCGGCACUCAUUACCUCAUCCCCCGACCUCCACAUUCAUUAGUUCACCAACCGUAUGAGGAAAUGCCUCAAAGAAGUAGCUGAAAUCGGCGACGGCUGAUUCCGGCAGCUGGGUUGGGCUUGGAUCCUUCCUUCCGGCGGGUAGUUAGUUGGUCAAGUUUCAGGCAUUCAACUCUGUUUGAUCAUUAUAGACUGUUGGAAGGAGGAAGAAGAUAUGAUGGGGAACUUCAAGAAGAAGAGACCCAAGCUUAGGAGCCAUGAUGUGGAAGAGGAAGAAGAACAAAUUGACAGACUGAGCGAUCUCCCGGACAGCAUUCUGCACAGCAUUCUCUCCUUCCUCGACAGCAAAUCCUCAGUUCAAACAAGCAUUCUGUCAAGGACAUGGAGAUGCUUGUGGAAAGCAGUUCCUGCACUCAAUUUCAACAGACGCUCCUUCCGUAAGGAAUCAAGUUUCAGAGAUUACGUGGAGAAGUUUCUAUCUCUUCGGUUCCGCUCUGCCGCUGUGGAGAGCAUUACCUUUGACUUUGGACCAGAGUUAUUGUGGCAACGAAGACGCUUAGAGUUGUUUGAUAGUGUCAUGAGGUAUGUUACUGCAGUGCAAGGUGGCCAGCUUCACAAUUUGUCCAUCAGCUGUACCGAUGGUCGUUUCAGUUCCAUAGUUGCCUCCAUCACGGCCUGUCUUCGUCAUGAAUCACUCAAGACACUCAAGUUGGAAGGAUUUUUAAUUGCGGCCACUGCAUUGUCUUCGCCGGGCUUUAAGUGGCUGACAACCCUGGAGCUGCAUGAAUGCUAUUUGACGAAUUCUCGUUCAAGCCAACGAUCUAAUAGUGUUGAUCCUGCAACUAAUGUCCCAUCUUGUCUGAACUCCUUGAAACUAAUUGACUGCUCGUCAAAAGGUUGCUUAGUAGUAUCGGCACCCCAACUGCUGGACCUGGAAAUCACAUGCUUUAGCACAUACCUCUUCGAUGGAGCUGAAGUGUUUGCUCCAAAGCUGAAAUCUUUCCGUCUUUGCUGUAGUAUGUACUAUUUGCUAGACCUCCAUAGGUUGGACUUCCCUUCUUUGGAUCAUGCAGACAUUCGCUUUUGGCCCGAAGACUGGUAUUCGAAGGACAACCCUAUACUAUCUGAAGAUUUCAGUCGUGAAUAUAUGAAGUUAUUGCCUGCUUUGCACAAUGCUGAGUCUCUCAACUUUCAUUUUGGCAAGAAGCCGGAGUGGAUCUAUAGCGUACCUUGGGAAGAUCACCACUUUCCCUUCAGUAGAAUCAAGCUGUUACUGGAAUCGGAAGCCUCUCCUUUUACUAGAUUGAAGACACUGCGUAUGCAGUAUCCUGAAGAGCCGCCGAGUAUACCAGAUCAAGUGUUGCGUUAUUUUUUCAAUGGCUCUUCUAAUAUAGGGCUGAGGACUAUUAUCAUGGAGCAGAAGUCGGAAUAACUCUUAACAAAUCAUAUUAUUAUGUAAUUUUGAGAUGUUGUCUAGAUAAGAGAUUAUCCAGAUGGAUGUAUGAAUGGUCAUGGCGCCGCAUAGUUAAACAAUACCCAA